AUGCCUCAUCACGCGAUAACGAAAGAGUCGAGCAACACAACGAAGGUGCGAAUAGUUUUCGACGCGUCUGCGAAGGCUAAUAGUGGCAUGUCUCUAAACGAUAUGCUAUUAGUCGGGCCUACAAUCCAAAACAAACUAUUUGACCACCUAAUUCGAUUUCGGACCUACAAUUGCGUAAUUACGGCGGAUAUAGAGAAAAUGUAUUUACAAAUACAAUUGCAUAAAGAUGACAGGCGAUAUCAGCAAAUCUUGUGGCGCAAAAACAAUAAAAUCGCGACAUUUCGAUUCAAUACACUUACUUUCGGCGUGUCAUCGUCACCAUUCCUCGCGAUCCGAACGUUGCACAAAUUGGCUGAUGAUGAGGGCCCGGCGUAUCCCAGGGCAGCUAAGGCCGUUAAAGAGCAUUUUUAUGUGGACGACUUAAUAACCGGGGCUGACACUAUCGACGAAGCUCGAGCGAUUCGUGAUGAAGUGAUCGUGCUGCUCACCCGGGGUGGUUUUACUAUUAGGCAGUGGGCUUCCAACGAGGAGCGUGUCAUCAAUGAUCUUGCGACUGGCGCGUUACACGUGGGAUUCACGUUCGAUGGAGAUCGCUCCUUAAAAACUCUCGGCGUGACGUGGUGUGCGCGAAAUGAUGAGAUACGCUAUUCCGUUCGAUCUAUUGAAAUUACAAGGCAGUUAACGAAACGACGUGUACUGUCGGAAAUCGCGAAGAUUUACGAUCCGUUAGGACUGUUAGGCCCUAUUGUUUUUUACGCCAAAAAACUAAUGCAAGACGUGUGGCGAUGUCAGCUUGAUUGGGAUGAAUCCGUUCCACAAAACAUACAUACAACGUGGCUAGAAUUCGUCCAGCAGCUCGAAACGAUAGAUCAAAUCUCAUUUAAUCAGAAAUUAUUAAGUGACGAUUACGGAGACGUUCAAUUCCACGGUUUUUGCGACGCCAGUAGUAGCGGAUACGAUGCAUGCAUUUACGUGCGUUCCACAGGGAAGAAUCGGAAUACAGUUAGAUUAUUAUGCGCUAAGUCUCGGAUAGCACCGUUAAAGAAUAUAACUAUCCCGCGUCUCGAGCUUUGCGGCGCGUUGCUGUUGGCUCGCUUAUAUCGCGAAGUGGACGGCGUGUUGAGUAUCAGGGCUAACAGGAUAAUUUUCUGGAGCGACUCCACAGUCGUAUUGCAUUGGUUAAAGACGCCACCCUAUUUACUCAACAUUUUCGUGGCAAAUCGCGUCGCGGAAAUACAAGAACUCACCAGCUCAAUUAAAUGGCGACAUGUCAGAUCGCAAGACAACCCCGCUGACGCGAUAUCGAGAGGCCAAUUACCACACGCGUUUUUGCGAAAUCGAACUUGGUUCACCGGACCAGCUUGGUUGGGCGAAGGCGAGAACGAGUGGCCUGACGAGUUCGUUCAAGUUAGCGAAAGAAUCGAACCGCUAGGGAAUGAAGUCCUUGAGCUGAAAAGGAACGUUUGCUUGUUAGUAUCUAAUGAGUCUGAAAUAAUUGACAGAUUUUCCUCGUAUUCUAAGCUCUUAAGAGUCGUGGCAUAUUGUCUGCGCCUUCGUCCGAUCAACACGCGCAAAGGGUCAUUAUGCACAGAGGAAAUAGACGAGGCUGAAGGACGGAUAUUAAAAAUUGUUCAGAACGCUCGAUUUGCUGCCGAAAUUAAAAUCCUGCGAGACAAAGAUUCUACGGUUAAGAACAAAUUAGCCAAUUUGAGUCCGUUCAUAGACGACCGCGGUUUAAUUCGUGUCGGAGGGCGUCUCCAAAAUUCGGGUGUAACAUUUUCAAGAAUGCAUCCUAUUCUAUUGCCAAGUCGACAUGGUUUAACCGACCGUAUUAUUUCGACGCUCUAUCACCUUCGACAAAAAUAUUGGUUGACCGACGGUCAGAAUCAGGUGCGGAAAAUUGUACAUUCCUGCGUGCGAUGUUUUCGCUUUAACGCUAGCAACGUUGAAUAUAAAAUGGGUAACCUCCCGCCGGCUCGCGUACGAGAAACAAUACCGUUUGGCAUCACCGGUGUCGAUUUCUGCGGCCCAUUUCACAUCAAAGAGAAGAAACACCGCAAUAGGGCUCGAAUCAAAGUCUACAUAUGCGUAUUCGUGUGUAUGACUAUCAAGGCGGUGCAUCUCGAAGUCGUUAGCGACUUAACGUCCGAUGGAUUUCUAGCAGCGUUGCGACGGUUCAUCGCGAGACGGGGGAUGCCUGAACAUAUUUACUCGGACAAUGGUACCAACUUUGUAGGCGCGAACAAUCAAUUGAGAGAGAUGUACACUCUAUUCAAUUCCGAUAAACACCAAGAGUUCGUGAAUAAAUUCGCCCGCGACCAUCGUAUUACAUGGCACUUCAUACCACCCGCGGCGCCGCAUUUCGGAGGGCUAUGGGAAUCCAUGGUCAAGCUAUUCAAACAUCAUUUUAAGCGUGUAGUGGGAGAUUCGUUGUUCACGUUUGAGGAAUUGAACACAUUCGCGAUUGAAGUUGAAGGCAUUCUGAAUUCAAGGCCAAUUACGUCUCUUUCAUCCGAUCCGAACGACUUAUUCGUUUUAUCGCCCGCUCAUUAUAUGAUUGGCAAACCACUAACGACCCUCCCGGAGGGCAAUAUAACAAAUGUUCCAGCCAACCGGUUGUCCACUUGGCAACACAUUUCCAAGGUACGGCAGGAUUUCUGGAAACGCUGGAACCUAGAGUAUCUCAACGAGCUCCAAACACGCAGCAAAUGGGUCAAGGACGGUCCCAAGCUCACUGUCGGGUCCGUGGUGCUCAUAAAGGAAAGGAACUUACCAUGCAAUCAAUGGGCACUCGGAAGGAUAACAAGGAUACAUCCGGGUGACGACGGUAUAGUACGAGCCGUCGCAGUCAAAACAACAAGCGGAGAGAUAUAA